CUUCUAGUAGCAUGCGUACUAGAAUGUAGAGUUGUACCUGGCCAUGUAAAUGCUACCUCCCGGCUGGGAAGAGCGUAAGGAUUCCAUAGGGCGCAUUUUUUUUGUGGAUCACAACACGCAAUCCACAUCUUGGAAACGACCACCGCCAAAUGUCCAAGAACCUGAUGAUCACUUAAUCCACCAUCUUCAGAUGGAAGGUGACGUGAUUUCACCGACGCAGAGGCCUGUUCAACAUGAGAUCAAAGGCUUAGAUGUAAACACUAGCGUCUUUGUAAAUCCAAUCGUAUCUCCGAGCUUACAUUACAGUCCUUCAGGAUUUAGCAGAGCAGCCACCUUCACCAACUUUUGAAGGUUCUCUCCGUGUGCGCAAGGAAUUAAGAGGCCUAGGUUGGCGCCAAGUCUAUGCUCGGGCACGGGAGCAGAGUCAUCCAUUCCUCCUGGUUCAAGUUUAGAAUUUAGGUUUGCGGAACAGCGCUAGAGGUGUAUCCAAAUUCAUUAUGUACUAAAGUAGAAGUAUGCAUUGAGCUCAAAAGUUCCACAUUACACGAGUCUUCAAGUCAAGGCAAGAUCCGAUCAAUGAAGAACCAGAUAUUCCGUUGGAAGAUUUUCCCCGCCAGCAAUUCACCACAAUCUGCAAUCCCUGGUGAUUUGCUGCAGUGCUCGGCGUUUUUUAAAAUCAUUGUAUGCACAAAUGAUAGGCAAAGAUAAGUUCGAGUUUGCAGCAGCGAAUGAUCUGGAGCGCGCCACGUGGUUGGGCUGGUGAUACAACGGUGUCCCAUUCAUGCAUGCCGGGCUGUUGGAUGGCUCGCUUUUGUGUAGGUGCGUCGUGGCAGGUGCUAAGUUCCCAUCAUCUGCCGGACUAGUUGCCAAAAUAUUUAAGCCGCUUCUAUUGUCCCCGCCCAGUCCAGCAAGAGAGCAGGCGCUUAAAGCUCUUUCCAGAAAACUAGGUGCCAGCGAAAACUCGCAACCACCGUCUGACAUAGUGGCCAGGACUCUUGGCUCAUCCGGGGUCCUCGCCCUGGUGGCGAAGUGCCUCGAGGAAGUACCUGGACAAGAGCCAGCGGCAAGAUGUGUAUACUUUGCAGCACGCGCAGAUAUACACGCAGCGCGAACUCUGGUGGCUAUUUCAGCCCAAACACGGCUGCUACCAUUGCUAACGUCACCAAAUGACAGUCUGCAAAACUGGUCUGCAGCUGCACUGACCCCAAUUGUAGCCAGCGAUCCUCACAACGCAACCAAAUGCAUCAUUGACGAUGGCGGCAUCUUCACAGUAGUUGCCUUGUUAUCCUCAUCAUCAUCGGCGGUGAGAUCACACGCCUUGGCUACCCUUGUUGCCCUAUGCUCUGCUUCCAUUGAGGCCGCAUGGCCCAAAGAUUCUUUUGGGGUGGGUGAUGCUGGGGUUUUGUUGAACAGUCUUGUGGAGGGGGCUAUUGACGCAGGCAUAUGCCAUUCCCUGAUUCCAUUGCUUGCGGGAACAGAAGCCAACAUUGCAAGUACUGCUCUGGAAAUCAUCACAGCAUUAAAUCACACCAGUCUGAAUUUUCAAUCGUCUUUACGACAUGAGCUUGGUAGUGACAGAAAAUAUAUCGCUUACUUUGUUGCUGCUUGCGAAAAUUCAAGUCUGAUCUCCUGUGCUAUUCAUGUUCUGGCAGAUAUGUGUUAUUACAUCGAUGAGGAGACUGGAGAUGAAGACAAUGCCAAAGAAGUGGCUGCCUGCAAAAUGACAACAAAGCAAAUCUAUGCUGUUGGUGGUCUCCGCGUGGCUACCAUGGCCCUCACCACCAAUACCAAUAGAAAAUCUCAUUUUUCGACCCUACUCGCUAUAGCAGCACAAAAAACGCAAGGCCGGGGCAGGACUUUUGAUGACUCGCACCAUGAUGCUGGUGCUCGAAUUAUUGCAGCCAUCAUAUCCUGCGUGCCCGAUGCAAUUGAUGCAUUCACGGACCUAGGUCAGGUACUUUCUGCACUUUCCUCUACAGUUGCAUUUGAGCUGGCACCAUCUCUCGAGACACCAGAACAACAGCCAAGAGCACUGGCUGCCCUCUCUGCUCUUAUUAGCUGCAUAUGCGCCUGCGCUGCUCAUCGUGAUGCUGGUGCUGCUAUUGAAGUAGCACAAGUUGGACUCCUUGAGCUGAUUACUACACGCAAAUUUCUGGACGUGCGUCUUGUCUGUGAUUCAGAUUACACAUCCAUCCAUAGCUUAAUUGCAGCACGUGCAGCCACGCUCGUGCAUAUCUGCAUCCAUGCAAGCUGGUGCGGUGGUAAUGAUGGAGCGUUGUUCAUUCUUGCACUGGUGGGACCUCCAAAUGGCCGAUUGCUUGCGAGACUGUGUGAUCUUCUUGAUGGUAUGGCAAAAAAUGAGCUCCUUGUGUCGGAUAGUCCUAGCAUUGCUACUGUCAAUACACUUACAACUGCAAUCUUGCUAGCGCUUGGUUCUCUCUGUGGUGCGGCAAGACCAUUUGGUGAAAUGCCACAUCCAUCAGAAAUUAUAUGCAAGCGGGACAUAUCACAGAACCCUGGAUCUUGUUUGGCUCUUGCUAUGGGCCUUGCGCAUGAGUCUUUGGUACUACAACAAACAGAAAAACGACGUGCAGCAGCACGUCUUCUUGGUGCACUUCUCCGCGGAAACCGACAUUCUUGGUCACUUUGUUGUAGAGAAGAUAUUGCAACUCACGAUCCUACAGAAGUCAUUGGCCCAGCGCUCGCACAUGCAGGGUUGGUAGAAGUUACGGCUAGGUGUCUUGGCGACAGCGAUGCCACCGUCCGUGCAGAUGUACUUGAUGCCUUUGCAUCUCUCUUUGCGCACAUAACAAGUCUAGGUCGUGAUAUUGUACUUGGUGUCGCUGCACUGGGGAAUAAUUUGGCACACGGCUUUGUUGCUUCAGAUGCCAUUCAUAAGCACGCCGCAGUAGGGAGCGUUCAAAGCCAAUUUGUGCAGCUACGAGGUGCCAUUGCUGUUGAGAAAGCAUUAGGUAUACUAAAUUCUACGUGUCGCGGGGGCUGUCUUGUAGCUUGUGAUGAAAUUGCUUGUUCACCGGACUGCCGGGGUGCCCUUGUUUCUCUCUCGCGAAUAUCACUGUGUGUAACCUCCGACUUUGCGUUGCGUUGUUCAGCCUUGUCUCUCUCUAGUAUUACUGCCCUCGCUGCUGAUUCAGAAGACAGGGCAAUAGCCCUCGCAGGUGCUGGGGCAUGCGAAGCUGUGGCAUGUAUUCUUAUCACUGCGAUUAAAAAUAAAGAUCAAAUUUUGGGCAUAAUAGAGCAUGAAGCGCUCGGUGCUCUGUCUGCACUCGCUACAUAUCCAAAGCCGCGAAUGAGCCUGGCCACUACAAAAGCGCCAGUUUUCCAUGCUCUAUUUCUCGAGGUUCUGAAAUUUCAGGACACGUGCGGCUUUAAGCUAGCACGUAUUGCUCUUUCAGUGCUCCUUCACUUUACACACCCUACCGAUAUAAUCAAAACACCACAGACUACUGUCAAGCUUGCUGCUGCCGCAAAACAUACUGGAGCAAUCGGUUCUCUCGCAUACGCAUUGAAUGGGGGCUGGACUUUGGAUUGCAUUGAUGUUACGGAGAAUAAUUUUGUGACACGUAGUGCACAUCAGAUUCUCACUGCCAUUGCCAAUGCACCAAAUAUUUGUAGUACUGGUCACCAGGUUGACAUCAGUGAUAAAACGAGCAGAGACCAUGAAGCAUCGUUUCUUUCGUCAAUCGAGAUAGUCAGCAGUGAUCGCAGGAGUUAUUUUGAGGAGCGCUACAGGUCUCGGUCUCAAGAGCUACAUCUUCUUGCUCCAAAUAAGACAUUUUGGCCGGUGGGUGAGGUAGAUGUAGCUGCUCUAGUCUCCCUGAUCGCCACAACAAUGAAAUCAGAUGACCCAGCUGUCGUAUCAGCACACCUAGCAGCGGUUGACCGAGCAUGUACAACGCUGAAGGAGCUAAUAAAAGAGGAUAUUUUGGGUUGUGUUGCGGCAAAAGUCAUCCAGGCCGGUUUACUUGUCCAUCUUCUCUUGCUGGCACCCAACUCAGCCACCGCUGCGGAUUGUCUUGUUGCACUAUGCAAGGCAGGAGAGCUCCACAGGCCCCUUAUGCUUUCUGUACCAACAGCACAGACAAUUGACUACGUUGAUACUCUAGGUCGCAUGCUGUGUGCGACUCCAGAAAGCACAUCGCAGGCAGGCACUGACGUAGAUUUAGCCCGAGCCUCGUUGAAAAUGCUUCGUAUCAUAUGCUUGGAUUCUAGCGAUGCUAUUCUUGCGUUAGCAGUCGCUUUUGCAGCUCGAGGGAUGAUAUCAUCAGUUGUUACACGCAUUACUGCCAUAGUAGCCCUAGAAGUAUCAGGGGUAAUGGCAAAUAAGAAACAACCGAGGGUUUCAUUUCCCAAUACCCUGGUAUUGCUCUGUAUGCUCAUUCCACACCUGCUAGGCAAAGUGAGUAGUCUGAGCGACUUAUGCAGUGCUACCCAGGAGAUUUCUAUGAAGCCUGGAGUCAAUCUUGGUUCAAAAAACAUUGUGUUGCUCGUAGAGAAACUGGCCGUUGACGGCUUCAAACUUGCUAGCUGCAUGCGGACUAUAACGCACUAUGGUGCUAUGGGCUUUGUUCCGCUGCUUGAUACUGCUGCUCUGGGCGCUGUUGCAAAACUGACUCCUCUUUUGCUCAGAGUGUUGCGCAUUCUCCCGGAGGAUGACGGACGAGUACGUGCACGACGUCUCAUUGCUGCUGUAAUUACCAUGAGUCCAAACACAACAUCUCAUAUCCAGGGCGCGAGCACUGUGGAGGCUGCAGUCAAGCUGGUUGUGAAUUCCACGGGAGAAGUGUCUACAAACGUCGAUGUGACACUUGGCCUUCAAAUUCUGUUUUCCCUUCUGAAUAAAAAUGGAGCACAUGCUGCUCAUGCUAUUCUCCCACAUAAAAACUUGCUGGCCCUCCUCCAGGCGCAAAUCACUUGCGCGACAGUUCCACCUGACAUUGGACCUUUUGCUUUUGAAGCUCUUGCGUUGAUUGCUGAGCUUUCCAGUGCAAGUUGGGAUGCCUGCGGCUAUAUCGCCUCAAAGAGAGCCUUCAUUCGAUCCCUUACAAUGCUAGCAAUGUGCAGGAGGCCUUUUGAAGAUGCUGUCCCCCACGGCAACCCAGCAAGCUCAACACCUUUGCAAACUUGCUGGCCAUAUAUGCUUGAUGUUGCUGAAAGUGCUCAGCUAGUCUUGGCCAAUGCAUCUAGUGGGGCUCUCGCUCAACGUGAUGCUAUCGUCAGGGUCCAUGGAAUCCUCAAUUCUGCGAUUACUGCCCUCCAAGCUUCAAAGACAGAUAGAACGCAGGCCGCUGCUGCACGACUUCUUGUAGCUAUUCUCCGAGCACGCAGUAUGACUAACCUCAGGGCCAAUACUGCUAAAGUCAUAAUGCUGGCGCUGAGGGAUGCCUUUGUCAAAGUUAUCAGAACGCGACAAGAUCAAACCGAUGCUACUGUUCUCCUGCUUUAUUUCCUAGAAGUUUUACAUGCCCUGUCGUGCCACCCUGAGGGUGUGAAGGCCCUUAGAUCACCGGGCCCAGUCGCACUUUUGUGUGCAUUAUUGCAAAUGACUGCAGGAGAAUGCUAUCAUGUACAUGUGCACAUUUCCGAGGUGCCUUUAUCCUCAAGUACAUGAGAACUGACAUUUGUGGAUGUAGGCAUGUGCAUCACAGAUCACUAGCAUGUGUUUUGACCCAUAUCACCUUAAGAUUAUGACAUAUCAAUGUAUCACAACAAUGAUCGAAGUUCUCAAAUGUGAACACGCCUGCUCAUUUCUUCGACUUCAGUGCAUUAAUAUCCUUCACUAUAUUGCCCGUAUUGAGCCUCAGCUUGUCAAUCACACGAGCGGUGUCUUCACAUUACGGAUGUGUACUCGAAUGCAUCGUUUAGGUGCUUGUUGAUACUGAAAGCGCGAACUCUAUACUUUGGUUAAGCACCAGCAAAGGGGUCGUUGAACAAAGCACCAGGUACCUCGCCGCUGCACUCACGCUAGACUUUGAUGGCGAGUUCUGACGUACACUAAUCUUGGACAAUUGCAACCACCACUCUGUUGACCUUGAAAAUACUGAAGGCGAAAGGGGAACUGGAGAAGACGAAGAAUUGCACCCAGCACUACAACGUGCUUUGCAUGCUGAUUAGCGUUUAUGGACGCAGUGCGAACUCCUGUCGCGGUCACGGUGGCCACAGUCUGCCAGUGAGUGUCACGGUGACUGGCACGGUACAGAACUACUCGGAUACGGGGCCUUUUGGGGGCGUCAGAUCGCAACAAAAGUGGUAAAAAAAUCGUUUUAAGGUGCAAUGGAAAUACACGUCUAGUAGGAUCCGAGUCCCAAGGUUCAACUGAGACGUAUCCAAGCACAACCCGUACUUGUAUUACCCGCUUAGCUUACUUCCCAUCCUAGGGUACUCCGAUAUCCCCUUAGUAGGGGGAAGUCGCCUCUCACUCCUAACUAUUAUCAUCCUGA